CGUCACGCGCAGGGCGUGGUGUGUUUUUCGUAGGGAAUAUGGAGUUUAUUUCGCACUCCGUUAGGUGUGCUUAACGGGUUUGGGUGCCAAAGUAGAUACAUAUGAUACUUUAUUUUCCCAUCUAAGCUGUCACAGCACUUUCACCGCGUGCACGUCCGCUGUCUUACAGCGUGCGUUGCGUCGCGUCUUUAUCGAUCUCCCAACGUGAUUAACCAUCUAGAGUGUAGACUGCAAUUCUUCAUGUCUUUUCUCACUCUCUUCUUUAAACCUUUGGCUUAUAUCUCUGUUCCUGUUAUCUUACUUCGAACAGUCGCUUCGACUUCUCCCGUUGGGCGUUAUUAUGCCCAACUGACUAUUUACCUUGGGACGCUUGCAGUAUUCUCGACAUGGGGGCUCUGUGUUGCAGUCGGAAUGACACUGAUCGGUCGUAGGCAUGACGUCAACUAUGUCGUUGAGGGUGAGGAGCACCUGCAGACAUGCCCUAUGGUCAUGGUAGGCAAUCACCAGAGUAUGCUCGAUAUUUUGUGGUUGGGGCGGAUGUUCCCUAUGAAAGCAUCCAUUAUGGCUAAGAAAGAGCUUCAAUGGUCGCCUCUGGGUCCCUGGAUGUUCAUGUCGGGCGCCGUGUUCGUAGAUCGUAGAAACAGUUCAAAGGCACACGAGUCGCUCGCAGCAGCUGGAGAAGAGAUGAAGUCCAAGGGUGUCUCGCUGAUGAUGUUCCCUGAAGGCACACGGCACUGCCAGGAAGUACCAUCGUUACUACCCUUCAAGAAAGGUGCUUUCCACCUCGCCGUCCAGGCUGGGAUACCUAUUAUACCCGUCAUUUGUGAGAAUUACUGGGGAAUAUAUCACAAGGGCGUUUUUGGGACGGGUACCAUCAAGGUCCGAGUUCUCCCACCGAUUUCAACCGCGGGACUCUCUGUAUCAGACGUCCCUGAAUUGACAACGCUAGUGCGAGAUCAAAUGCUGUCGACGUUACGUGACAUUUCGGUCAAAGUCGCCUCAGAAGAGGAGAUGACAACAGCCGAACAACCAGAAAUGAAGACCAAUUUGCCCCCUGUUGAAGAAUCGGAUCCUAAACCAGCUACCGCGGUUGAAGUUGUGUCCGAUGAUGUUCCGGACACGCCAAGCGAGAGUAGCAGUGAGGCGCCGAGCGUUGAUGCUGCGAUGUCUCGGUCGUCCUUGAGGCAAGAAGGAAGUGUCAGUGAAUAUGGAACAGAGACAGACGAUGAGGGGAUGGUGGUUGUCGGGAGACAUCAUCACUAGAACAAAUGACAUUGGCUGCUGAACAGGUAAUAUUGUAGCGCCUGCAGUGCACGAUACCAUUCUCGACUUCAUUAUAUAGCUGUUCGUAAUCUUGGCACUCUAGACCGACACGCUUAAGUAUAUAUACGAUGUUUGUCUUCCUUGAUUCAACAUGAUUACCCCACAAAGCCCACACAUUUCCCCGCAUUCGGAAUGUGAGGGUUUAUAUGUUUUA